GUCGUCGUCGCGUUGAGUCUGCGCCGCCGCCGCUGCUGCUGCUGCGGCCACGUCACAGUCUUUUUGGGCUUUUGUUUUGUCGCUCGUAGAAUGGCUGCGGAGGUGCUGGCGUGCAUAUCCCGUCGACGCAGCAACAAAGCAGACGUCAGGUGGAAAUGGCAUAUGACAUAAGCGAUGACUAAUCACAUCUGAGAGUUAUUCAAACCUUAACCCGGCAAGAACAAAAAAAAAAUCAAUCUCCCAACCAGCCAACUCUUCUCUCCAUCGUACUCAGUACAGACUUCUGCAGAACCAAGCGAUGUCCAAAAGAAGAGCGACCGAGGAGGAGAUUGCGGAGGAGGAGUUAGUGAAGAGCCGGGCUGUUGCGGAGGGCGCGAGUGCGGUUGACGGGCGAGAGGCGGAGAACGAGAAGGAGAAUGAGAUGGGGGAGUUUGAGGAUCCGUAUGGCGAUGAUUUCGAGAGCGAGGAUGAGAUUAUCGAGUUGAAUGAUGAGGAGGAUGAGGAGGAUGAGGAGGUUGAUGCUGAGGCUUUGGAGGAGGAUCUUGAUAGUGCUAUGGCGGUUGAGAAGAAGCAAAAGAAAGAACAACCGCGACUAUACCUCCCGCAGCUGAACCAGCUCGGCAAAGACGAGACUCUGGAGCCUGAUCCGACGGUGUACGACAUGCUCCACCGGAUCAACCUCAACUGGCCGUGUCUUUCGUUUGACAUUCUUCCCGACACCCUCGGCGACGAGCGAAGAGGGUACCCGAAGACGACGUACUUUGUCGCGAGCACACAGGCCGCGCGCAAGAAAGAGAACGAGAUCACGGUGAUCAAGCUCUCUGAUCUGUCGAAGACGCUCGAGCGCGACGAAGACGACGAGGAGGAGGAAGACGACGACGACGACGUCGACGCGGAUCCGAUCCUCGAGUCCCGCUCGCUGCCGACGGCAGACACCACGAACCGCAUCAGAGUCUCGCCACACGCCGCCGCGACGGGCGAGUACCUCACCGCCUCGCUCUCCGAGUCCGGCGACGUCUACAUCUGGGACCUGUCGCCGCACAUGACCGCCUUCGACACCCCCGGCGCGACAGUCACAAAGGCGCAAAACAGACCGGUGCACACGAUCCGCGCGCACGGCGGCGUCGAGGGAUACGCGGUCGACUGGUCGCCGCACGUCGUCAGCGGCCAGCUGCUCACCGGCGACGUCACCGGCCGCAUCCAUCUGUCUACGCGCGGAACGAGCUCGUGGACGACAGACAAGACGCCUUUUGUGGGCCACGAGUCUGGUGCGAGCGUGGAGGAGCUACAGUGGAGUCGGAGCGAGAAGUCUGUGUUUGCGAGCGGCGGGAGCGAUGGAUAUAUCCGCGUCUGGGAUAUACGGAGUAAGAAGCACAAGCCCGCGUUGAGCAUCAAAGCUAGCGCGACCGACGUGAACGUCAUGUCGUGGAGCAGCACCGUGAGCUAUCUGCUUGCGAGCGGCCACGACGACGGUUCUUGGGGUAUCUGGGACCUGCGCAGCUUCAAGGCCGGCGAGCAGCCCGAGCCCGCGGCGGCGUUCAACUUCAACAAGGCGCCGAUUACCGCGAUCGAGUUCCAUCCGACGGAGGAGUCUAUUGUCGCUGUCUCGUCGGCCGACAACACGGUCAUGCUCUGGGAUCUGUCCGUUGAAGCCGACGACGAGGAGAUCGCGGCGCAGAAGAGAGAGGAUAGCGCGGGAGAGCUGGAUGAUAUCCCUGCGCAGCUGUUGUUUGUGCAUUGGCAGAGAGACGUGAAGGAGGUGCAUUGGCACCGGCAGAUCCCGGGAAUGCUGAUGAGCACGGGUGGAGAUGGGAUGAGUGUGUGGAAGAGCAUAAGCGUGUAGAGAAGUAAAAGUCUGAGAGACAACAAUGAAUAAAUACAAUACAAAGGUAAUGUCAAUACAAUACGAGUAAUAACAAUACAAUUGCCCGAUUGGGACACCGAUGAGGCUGGAGCGACGAAGCCAGAGUGGCGGUGGUGGCUGCGCAAAUCCAUCGUCCAUCACUCAAACGGGCUUCAUCUCAGGCUCGAAGCCCGACCGUUGCUUCUGCUCUUUUCCUCCUCCUCCUCCUCCGCUGCUCU